AUGCGGUUUACUCUUGGUGCGGCUUUGAGCCUGUUGUCGUACACCGCGCUGGUCGCAGCUCAAACUUAUACCGAUUGCAACCCAACAGAGAAGUCGUGCCCUGCUGAUCCUGCGUUCAGCCAAUCCGACAAGACAUUUGAUUUCACAAAGGGUGCAUCAGAUGCUUUUAAAUCGUACGGAGCUGUCACAUACGAUGACACAAAUGGUGCAACCUUCACUAUCGACAAACGAGGUGAUGGACCGCUGAUUCAGUCCGGCUGGUAUAUUAUGUUCGGCCGUGUCGAAUUUACGAUCAAGGCGGCAGCAGGAACGGGCAUCGUGAGCAGUGCAGUGCUGCAAUCUGACGACUUGGACGAAAUCGACUGGGAGUGGCUGGGCGGAAACAACGCGCAAGUGCAAACCAACUACUUUGGCAAAGGAGACACAACAUCUUUCAGCCGCGGAGCCUACCACGAGAAUCCUGGAAACCAUGAUGACUUCCAUACCUUUACCAUUGACUGGACAAGUAGUCAGAUUGUGUGGUCGAUUGAUGGCAACACUGUUCGUGUGCUCACCCCCGAAACGUCAGACAACCAGUACCCACAGACCCCCAUGAUGAUCAAGGUUGGUGUAUGGGCUGGUGGUGACGCCAAUAAUGCCCAGGGAACCAUUGAAUGGGCGGGUGGUCGGACCGACUAUAGCCAAGGACCGUUCAAGAUGUAUAUGAAGUCAAUGACCGUCACUGAUUACUCCACCGGGACUUCGUACAGCUAUGGCGACAGAAGCGGCACAUGGCAGUCGAUCGUUGCGGAAGGAGGCAAGGUCAACGGCAACAAAGGUGCUGAGCCUGUAUCAACCCAAUCUGCCCCUGAAAUCACUGCAACUGUCGACAGUGCUCCAGUUCCAUGGAGCGGGACCCAUAGAGAGACCUCUUCCUGGGUCACCCCCGAUGUCUGGCCCUGGGUAGCUACUGGCUCCCCUGAUGCCUCUUCAACGGGAUAUCAGUACGACUGGGAGUCAGGCUCGGGCCACAACAAGCCACCAAUUGGAGGCUCAGUGAGUGAGCAUUUACCCGCAUCCUUUCUCGGCUUCUUUCUGAAGUUCACCCGCUAA